UGGCUCUGGAGCGAUCUCGAGCCACCUGUUCCAUCAAGAUCAAGAUCAGUAAAACAACAGAGCUCCCAGCAUAUUAUCAAUUAUCUACGUUCGUACAACACUUAUUAGUCAGGAAUCUUACUGGCUGCUACAGGAAUGCUUCCUCUAUAAAUGUGAGUAGGAACAAAUCCAACUAACAUAAAAAAAAUACUAAAAAUGGCGUAAACCAGGGAUAUCAACGCCGCUUCCCGCGCGAUACGCCAACGCCACCUACUUAAACAAUCAUCCAUACCACCCACUAUCACGGUAUUUACUGCCUGCUGUCUACUACUACCUCUACUACUGUAUUACUACUUCACUGUGACUAUGGUACCCCCUCCCUCAACUCGGAGCAAAAAUAAGAAGCAGGAUAAGGAAGAUACCAAGAGUGGGUCCUGAUCCAUGAACAGCUCUGAGCUGGGGCUGGCGCGGGUUAGCCACCCACCACCACAACAACAACAAAGCAGAUGACACCACCAUGGGCAACUCCAACCCAGCCACCACCACUACCACAUUACCCACUGAUGUGCCUGAUGUAGCAGAGAUAAUCUCUAAGGAACUCUCCAACGCCAAUUUAUCAGCUGUGGGAGGCAUCAGCAGAGCACUUUAUAGUAGGACAGCAGCUGUGAGGUGAACCAUCAUUCUCUCUCUCACCGCCGUCGAGGUGAGAUGGGUCUCCUGCUCCUCUUUUCCUUUACUCCUCAGUAUCAUUUGCUUCAUGCGUCUCCGCUCUCUACUCCCACAAAGGAGUGUGCUGGCCAGCGAAUCUACAAGUCUUGGCUGCUCUGUCAUCGCUGCUGGAUGUGCUGAGUGCUGGAGUGCAUCAGGGAUAAUGACGUUGCGCGUGGCAUUGGUGCGGACCUCCUUGGUACUCAACACUUUAUUGGUGCUGUAUCUCUGCAUCACAUGGAUCUUCCCAACCCCAAGCCUACAUUCACUCUCCGCCAGGGACUUAGUUUACCUCUCCUACCCUGCCGCCGUCCACUCACAACCCAAAGGCAUUGAUGUCCUCGAUAGACUCAAACAUAGAAAAAUUGAAUCAGAACCGGUAUUGUCGGCCCCCAUUCCCCUGGACCAGCCUCUUGGCACUGUACAAAGAAAUAAUGGUAUUAAAGACGUGUCUCUGCACGACAGGAUGACACCAGAACAUCUUCCUAAGCAGCCGGAAGCAGUGAACGGCGAUGGGAAUAUAAAAUCAGCAGUCACAGAGUACGGGGCCCUGCAGAUUGACCCUCCUGACCUGCCGCCCGAGUCCCUUGAGCACAAAAUGUUCCCAGACUUGAAGGAGUGCACCACGAGGCCCCUGCGACCCUUCUUCAAGCAGCGGGGUGACUACUGGGUCCUGGAGAAUUACCUGCCGGCGACGAUGGCGUUCCGGUGUGACGAAUCUAUCACAUUCUCUACACACGGCGAUUACACCUUCCUCGAUAAUCUGGGGCCUGUUGCGUCCCGCUGGCAGGGUCCCGUGAGUGUGGCUGUGUACGCUUCCGGUGACGACUUUGAGGCCUCAAUCAAGACAAUCCUUUACCUCCGUGACUGCUGGUCGGAGGACAUCAAGAAGUACGUUACCUUUCACUUCUUCUUCCACUCCCAUCAUAUGCCCAAUAAGAUCCCAUCUACGGAAGAGCUGCUGAAGAGGAAUAUACAAUGUGAGCAGGUGACGCCUCGCUGGUUCAACGUCACAACAUACAGACAGCAUAAGAACCUCAUGUACCCCGUGAAUUUGGCAAGGAACAUCGCCAGGCAGGCAGUGCAGACCUACUUUGUGGUAUCCUCAGACAUGGAGUUGUACCCAUCCAUCAACUUCAUCCCUGAGUUCUUCCGCAUGUUGAAGCGUCCAGAUGUUUCCAAUACUACCAACCCUCGGGUGUUCGUUUUCUCAAAAUUCGAGGUGCAAAAAAAUGCUCCAGUGCCCGAGACGAAGGAAGAACUGCUCAAAAUGCUGAGAAAAAGGGAGGCAAUUCAUUUCCACACGUUUCUCUGUCCCCCGUGUCAUUUUGGCCCCAUGUUCCAUAAAUGGCCCAAAUAUCCUGUUAAUCCUGGACUGAGUGUCUUUCACGUGGGCAAGAGAACGGCAUCUUACCAGAAGUGGGAACCAACAUACGUGGGCACCAACAAGGAACCCCUGGACGAUGAGCGGCUCUCCUGGGAAGGAAUGAGUGAUAAGAUGACGCAGAUGUACAUUCUGUGCGUACGUGACUACGAGUUUCAUAUCCUGGACAACGCCUUCCUUGUGCACCGCCCAGGGAUCAAGAGGUUGCAUUCGGACCCAGUGCGGGAAAAGUUCGUAGCCAAGCAAAACUUCUUCAUAGCUCACAAAAUUUUUCCAGAGUACAGGAUAAUAUUUGGUGUUCGGGAGGGCUGUACUUUAUGAUCCUCUGCUCCUUUCUGGUAUAGACCUAAAAUAAUCUAUUUAUGUAAUGAAAGAAAUGAAUGUUAUCUUUUUCUUAUCUAGUAGUAUUAUGGAGCUCAAUUGUGGCUCUAAAUGAAUGUAGCUGUUCAUUGACAUGCAUCUUAUCAUCAACUAGUAACAUGGUCUUGAAAUGUUUUUGUAAUUUUUAGGCUACUUACUAAUAUUGAGUGUUGUCAGUUAGGAUUUCUACAUUGAGUGAUUAUUUUCAUGACUCUAGAUGUAAGCCGGAAGUUCGUUGGAAGACAGUUAUAGGGUAUUGCAAUACUCCUGUCAUGUUCUCAGAUCAGGGAGUUAAUGAUUAGUUAGACGCUUCACGUCAUUGUUUUGUUACGGAAGCUUGUGAAGUCUUUCGCGCACCUCUCUUAGUCAUCGCCAGUCUUCCAGCCUCUUGGACCAUCACUGACGCAUCAAGAGGUCUUCUGUGCACCUAUUACUUAAUUUUGUUUCCUAGCUUACUUGAACGCUACCUAUUACACAUGCUAGCGCAACCAUCUUAGCUCAUAGUAAAUCCGUG